AUGCAGCAUUCUAAUACUGGUGGUGGUUUUUUUUCCAAAAUCAAGGAAAAUUAUAGCACGAAAUUUGCUAAUCUUUCGCUUGCAGGAGGAAAUACGGAGAAAGACGGUUCGACCCCCAAUGAUACUCUAAUACACCAUGCAUUUGUAAAGUAUUAUGAGUCCAAGGGGUUAGCGUAUCCUGAAUGGUUAGGUGUAAAGACUUUUGAGCAGCAGAAUGUCCAGCCUCAAUAUGGCCGUUCUCUGAGUUAUAGCAGGAUAGGCAAUGGCCAAACAAGUCACCAGCCACAUGCUUAUAGAAGUCAAACGCAAAGUUUUCAAGACUCGGAAUUUCAGCCGGUAAAACAGGAUAAUCUAUUUAACAAUAGCUUUUCACAGAGACAAUUUCAGCAACAGCAGCAACUGCUGCCGCUGCUGGUGCUGUUGCUGCCGCUGCAAACAGAUGCGUCUACUGGUAGAUUAACUGCACAGCGAACGUCUAGUAGAUUGCAAGACUUGUAUAAUAAAUCAAGGCAGCAAUCUGCGAGUGCAGGGUAUACAAGCGCAAGAUACAACCGCUGA